GUCCUCGUGGUCGAUGCAAGCCUGACGAUGUCGAUCGGGAAGACAGCCGCUCAGUGUGCACAUGCUGCUGUUGGGCUUGUGAAGAACAUGCAUGCGAAUUGCGUGCCAUGGCUCCAGGCCUGGGAGGACGAAGGGGAGAAGACAGUGGUGCUCAAAGCUAGUUCCAGCACAGAACUGGAUGAGUUGGAAGCAAAGGCACAGUCACUGCUUUUACCGACAUUCCUGGUGGAAGAUGCUGGCCGAACUGAGAUAGCGGCCGGAUCCAAGACUGUCCUUGGCAUCGCUGGCAUAUCUGAAGUGGUGGAUCAAGUCACAGGUCACCUUCGCACUCUGCGAUGA